GUCAUUGUUUCCAAUAGCAAAUAUUAUUGGAUUGUCAAAUAAACAAUAAUUAAAUGGGUUUGGUACCAGUCAUGCUGUAAACUCAAACCUCAGAUAUGGGAUACCAGCAGAUAUUUUUGAGUCACUGCGUGCGAUCGGCAGGCUCCGCUGCCAAGCGACUGGACGACAUGGUGAGGCGCAAGGGUCUGUCAACGUUCAUCUGUGUGGACAUGGAGGCUGGCGAUGGAUUCAGAGAAGCCAUAGUGGGCAAUGCGGCCAACUGUAAAGUCAUGGUCCUUUUCAUAGACCAACAAUGGGCACAAAGUAAGGAGUGCAAGAGUGAAUUCAACUGCGCCUAUUCGUGCUUCAAUCGGGAAGAGUGGCCCAAGUUUGUUCCGAUUGUGAUCGGAGGGUUCGGCUGGAUCAAACCCAAUACUUACCCUGUGGCACACUGCAUCACUUCAAACUUCCAAUGUCUCGUACUUGAUGAUGACGAAUCUACGUGGCCGGAUUUUUUCGGUAAAGUUAUCUCAAAAUGCCACGCCAUCGUGAAUGAAGCCAAUUCAUCCGGAGAAAGAAUUGAAGGUGAAGCUGAAAAUCCGAGUACUCAACUCAAAGAAUCCAUCACUGCUUUCAUAUCCUGUCAGUUAUGCCAGAAGAUUUUCGAUGACCCCAGAAUUCUGCCUUGUAGUCACACUUUCUGUUUGGACUGUUUGAAAACAUCGAAAACAGAUAAUGAGCCGGAGCCAUUUUGCUGCCCAAAAUGCCGAUUGGAAUGUUCAGCCGAACCCGAGGACCUGCCGCCGGACUUUAAAGCCAACCAGAUGAUUGAGGCACAUGAAAUUUUGAUGACCAACAAAGUCGAGGAACCUUUGGUGCGGACGGAAGUGCAAAGUACAAAUUCUAGUCAAGGUACAUUUGGGAGGCAAGAGACAUUCCCAGAUGAUGUGGUUGAAUGGUUUACAGAGCAUUCAGUGCCUACAGAUGCCCAAAAGAAUUCUGUUCAAUGACGGGUUUGAAUUCAUGA